AUGACUGCUACGAGUCCGGACUACAUCGCGCUUUUACACAACUAUCUCAGUCGCAUAGGACCAAGCAAUGCCUUUGCAUGGCAGUUGUCCUCAGAUGGGCCAGCGCACGAUGUGACGCAUCAUGCGACUGCAACACUGAACGGCCAAGUCAUAGGACAAGGGCAAGGCGCGGCGAAACGUGCAGCAAAGACAGCCGCCGCUUAUCACGCGUUGAGGACACUGAGAGUAAUCUGA